GCCGCAAGCGCGAGGGUAGGAGCAGGCGGUUGCCAUUUCAACCCUCGUACGCCACAUUUACACGCUCGCUUACUCGCUCGCUCACUCACUCACACGCUUUCCAAUCGCAUGUAUGUAUGCAUGUAUAUGUGCAUAUUGAAUUAUUUUUGCCUUUAGCCAAAAGUAACUGUGUGUGAAUGGCGGACUGACUGGUUGCCUGCGAAGGCGCAGCGCUUUCUUGCUUGAUGCUUGUUUGGUGCGUUGGUUGGUUGGUUGGUUGAUGGACUCAAUGACUGGGGGCUUCGUCGGUGCUUGGCAAAGUUGAUUCAGUUUCAAUUGAGUAUCCGUCGUGUAACAACGUCGAAACGGUGGCAACGCGCGGCAAUGUGCAACAAACCGUAAUUGUAAAAGGCAGUCAGUGGUUUGUGUGCGUGCAAAAAAAGAAAACAACAAAAGCUACAUGACAGUUUUUAUAACAAAAGAAAACUAAACAAAUGUGUUUAUUUGUUAAAUAAAAUAGAUAAAACUAUUGUGUUGUUGCAAUAAAAAUGAAUUAAAAAUGUUGCAGUGUUGCCAGUGAAUGAAAAAGAAAGAGUUAUAAAUUUAUUAACUACUUCCAACACAUACAUUUGAAUAUGUUUUAUUAAAAACUUUUGAAAAGUGCUGUAUUUUAAUUAAAUAAUUGCUGUGCAUAUUUCCAUUGCCAACAAUUUGACUUUGCUUCAGUGUCGCCUGCAACAUGAGUUUACCCACCGGCGUGGAUAUGCAGAAUUUAAUGUCACAACAUCCAGUUUUAGGCGCUUUGCCACCCGCCUUCUUUCUACGCGCCGCCUCUGAGCGCUACCAGCGGACACCGAAAUGUGCGCGUUGUCGCAAUCAUGGCGUGGUUAGCGCCCUCAAAGGACACAAGCGUUAUUGCCGUUGGCGUGAUUGUGUGUGUGCGAAAUGCACUUUGAUUGCGGAGCGACAACGCGUUAUGGCCGCACAGGUUGCGUUGCGUCGCCAACAAGCGCAGGAGGAGAACGAGGCACGCGAAUUGGGUCUACUCUACACCAAUGUGCCGCCGGGCCAGUCCAAUGGCGUGGAUGGCGGCGGCGGCAGCGGUGGCGGUGGUGUGGUCACACCAAAUCAGCACAGUCCCGCGCCACCGAUGACCAAUGCCACCGCUUUUCAUCCCGGCAUACCGUCACCGCCCAGCGACGGCUUGGACACCAGCAACGGUCAGCGCAUACAGUAUAACGGCAAUGAAUCAGACACUGAUGUGCGUAUGCGUUCGUCGGAGCGACUAUCAAUGGGUUAUUCGCCAGAUCGCAGUACCGAGGUGGAGAGUCCAGGCUCAAAACGCGCACGCCUCUCCAACGAGACCGAUCAGGACACCGGCUCCGAGUCGUCGCCCAGCAGUCCGCGCAUGAAGUCCCGCAACUACCAUGACAGCGGCAAUCUUUCACCCACACGCACCGGACCGCCCAGCUCGCCGGAAUCGGAUCUCGAUGUGGACUCAGCGCCCGACGAAGCGACGCCCGAGAAUCUCAGCCUGAAAAAGGAGGAUUCCACUUCGCCACCUAACACACCAACUGAUAAUUUGCAUUUGCUGCGCACAUUCAACAAUGGCGCUGCACAAGGUUUCAUGCCAUAUCAUCAUACGCAGUUCCUUGCCGCUGCCAUGCCUGCUGCUGCUGCCGCCGCCGCUGCCGGCGUCGGUGUACAUCCACAUAAUCAGCAUUCACCGCAUGCACAACAUCAUCAACAUCAGCAUCAGCAUCAUGCAGCGCAUCAACAGCAACAGCAACAACAGCAGCAGCAACAGCAACAACAACAACAGCAUGCGCUGCCACUAGCAAUGAUGCAACAACAAAUACAAGCUGCACAACCACAACAACGUUCGCCCGUCGAUGUGCUGCUACGCGUCUUUCCCAACCGUCGUCGCAGCGACGUCGAACAGUUGUUGGCGCGCUAUCGCGGCGAUGUGCUUCAAGCCAUGGAGGCUAUGCUCUCCGGCGAAGACAUGACGCAGGCGCUUGCUUCCGCCGCAGUAGCGGCUGCCGCUGCAUCGGCCGCGGCAUCACCACCGAACGUGCCGCCAUCACCGCCAUUCCCGCUUAAGUCGGCCUUCUCACCGCUGGUGCCACCCGCUGCAGUGUUCGGCUCGCCAACACAUCGCUACCCGCCCUUCAUGCAGGCGCAUGCGAAACGCUUCCUGGCCGGUCCGUAUGCGGGCGCCGCGUAUCUGCCCGGUGUGCUGCCGCCCGAUGUGAUCGAUCAAGCGGAGUCGAAUGGCGGUGCGUCGAUGGAUCGCAACAGCAAUGCCGGCGACUCGCAAGAUUGAAAAAGCUGCUGCAAACAGUGCCCAUUGGGUGUGAGUAAUAUGUUCAGGCCGUAUGUGUAGCGUGUAUUUUGAGAGGCGCAUGUGGUCCGCACUCAAACUGCUGCACAUCACUUCGCUGCGGUGAUUCAUUCCGUGUAUAUAUGUUGUCUUUGUAAAUAGUGGUAAAUUCAAAUUACGUAAAUCAAUAGGAUAGGAAUAACCGUUAUGUAUUGUACAUAUGUAUGUACGCAUGCAUGUGUAUGUGUAUGUUCAUCCAUUUUAGCCAGUGUUAACCAAAAGUGUAAGCAUUUUAUUCAAGCGUCGUUUAUAUAUUAUGACAAAAACAUAUUUUAGUUUAGCAUAACCCUACAUACACAUGUAUAUAUAUAUAUGCAUUUAAAUAUAUAUUCUUUUAAUAUAUAAGUUUUAUCUUUUAAGCAGCGUUCUUUGUAUCCUAGAUAAACUUGAAGCACUAGUUAAAACAAUAACAAAAUAUUGAAGUAUUUAAGAAAUAUAUUUGUGCGUCGUUAAAAAGUCUAUAUGAGCAUUUAGAAGUAUAUGUUCAUACAUACAUAUAUACAUAAGAAAUGCAUAACGUAAAAUUAUCGAGAUAUUUUAAAUGAAGUAAACAAUAUAUAAAAUUAAUUGUAGCUUCUAGUUAUAUGCAACAAUAUUAUAUACUAUAAACUAUAUCUAAAUACUGUGUUAAAACGUAAAAGAUAAUAAAAAUUCUAAUAAAAA